GCCUGCCUCCUUCCUCUCUCUCCCCCCCUCUCUCUCUCUCUUUCUCUCCUGUCAGGAAAUAUUCUGGUCAGUGCUUUUGUUCUCAUGUUUGAAACACAAACUCCACCCUGGAUAUCUCUGUUUCAUGCAAGGGACUGAGUGGGGCUGGAACCACUGAGUCCAAUCUGACCCUCCAGAACCACUGAGUUGAUCUGGCAACCUGCAGAACCACUGAGUCCAUGGCAAGUGUGUCCUGCUGUACCUGUGAAUUUUGCUGGUGAGAGAGGAGAGACUGCAGAGUGGCAGGGUGGUGGGUCUUGGGAGUCUGAUUACAGUGAGAAAGAGGAAGACAGACUUGAAACAGGGCUGCCAUGGUGAAGAAGAAGGGAGAGGGAGAUGACAGUGCCACUCUCAUCGCUAUGGAGUCUCAGCCAGACAAGAACUAUGGCAGCUUGAAUGUUGGAGGUCAGAUGAGUACCAGGAACGUGUUCAGCAAUGGGAUCACCCAAAUUGACUUUGUACUGGUGUGGGAGGACAGCCUGACACACAGCUCACCAAAGGAUGGGCAAGCUGAAGACAAAGUGUCUCCUGCUCCUCAUGACGCACACUGGAAGUGGAGGGAGAACUUCCUGUCCAGGCUGCAGGCUGCAGGCAUCCAGCUGGAGAAGAGGGUGGUUGAAGAAGAAAAGACGCAGAUCACCUAUGUGCUCCUCAGCGCCCCCUGGAGUGUUUUGUGUUAUUAUGCUGAGGAGAUCAGCCUCAGGGUUCCUCUGCAGGUUGUGCCUCUAGACAUAUCCAACUGGACAGAGAAGCUCCUUGAGAAACUGUCCAUCCCAAACCUGAUGGCUCAAGAUGUUCCCAACCAGCCAGCAGACUUCUACACAUGUCAAUUCCGCACCAACAAGCUGGAGAGGUUUCUGGGCAGUGACAAUAAGGACACUUUUUUCAAGAACACCCAGAGGCACCAGAUUGUGUACGAGAUUCUGGCAAGGACCCCAUAUGGAGUAGUGAAGAGAGGAGAGGUGGGGAUUGACAGGCUGAUCAGUGAGAAAAUAUUCUCUGCAGCAUACCCCCUACAUGAGGGCCCAUAUAAGGUGCCAAAGGACCAUGUGGACCCACAGUCCCUCAGCCUGCGCCAGAUACUACACCAGUAUUGGGCGCGUUGGGCCUGCUGGAAGAAGUAUCAGCCCCUGGACCACAUGCGCGAGUAUUUUGGGGAGAAGAUCGCACUAUAUUUCGCCUGGCUGGGGUUUUAUACAGGCUGGCUGUUGCCUGCUGCUGUGGUGGGCACCGUGGUGUUCCUGUUUGGAAUCUGGCUGAUGGUCACUGAUGUUCCAGCAAAUGAAAUCUGCAAUAGUGGAGACACCUACAUUAUGUGUCCUCUCUGCAACAUCUGCUCCUACUGGAACCUUUCCAGCAUCUGCAUCACCUACAAGGCUGGGCUGCUGUUUGAUCAUGGAGGGACAGUGUUUUUCAGCAUCUUCAUGUCUCUGUGGGCCGUCACCUUCUUGGAGUACUGGAAGCGCACCAACGCUGUCCUGGCCCACCGCUGGGACUGCUCUGAGUUUGAGGAGGUUGAGGAACGCCCGAGGCCAGAGUUCACCGCCAUGGCGCCCAUGACCCUGCGUAACCCUGUGACAGGUGCAGAGGAACCCUACUUUCCGGAGAGUAAGCGGUUCAACCGCACCAUCACUGGCUGCAUGGUCAUCAUUAUUAUGAUUACUGUAGUCCUGGUGUUCCUGAUUGCCAUCAUACUGUACAGAACCAUCCUGAGCAUUAUCAUCUACAGGUCCCAAAAUGCCUUCUUCAUCUUCUCUGCUGGAAGGAUAGCCAGUUUAACAGGCUCUGUGCUCAACCUGGUGGUGAUCCUGCUGUUGUCCCGAGUGUACACCUACCUGGCCCAAGUGCUGACACGCUGGGAGAUGCACCGCACUCAGACUAAGUACGAGGAUGCUUUCAUCCUGAAGGUCUUCAUCUUCCAGUUUGUCAACUUUUAUUCAUCUCCUGUGUACAUUGCCUUCUUCAAAGGCAGGUUUGUGGGUUACCCUGGCAAGUACCAUACCCUUCUGGGAAUACGUAAUGAGGAUUGUGGACCUGGAGGCUGCCUGAUUGAGCUUGCUCAGGAGCUGCUUGUCAUCAUGGUGGGAAAACAGGUCAUCAACAACGUCCAGGAGUUCAUGGUCCCAAAAUUGAAGAGCUGGUGGUACAAGCGGAAGUUCCACUCCGGGAAGGAGGUUGAUGGUAAUCUUGAGGUGCCAGAGGAGGGGCAGCAGCAGAGCACCAUGCCCUGGGAGACAGACUACAAGCUGCUGCUGUGUGAGGGACUGUUCAAUGAGUACCUGGAGAUGGUGUUGCAGUUUGGAUUCAUCACCAUCUUCGUGGCAGCAUGCCCACUAGCACCCCUCUUUGCGCUACUGAACAACUGGGUGGAGAUACGUCUGGACGCACAGAAGUUUGUGUGUCAGUACCAGAGACCUGUUGCAGAGCGGGCCCAAGACAUUGGGAUAUGGUUCAAUAUUCUGCAGGUCAUCACGCACCUGGCAGUCAUCAGCAAUGCCUUCCUGAUUGCCUUCACCUCUGAUUUCCUGCCACGCCUCUACUACCGCUACACCGCUGAGGGAAGUCUGAAGGGCUACGUCAACUUCACCCUCUCCAUCGCCCCAAGCAGCUUCAACCAGAACCAUACCCAGUGCAGGUAUCGAGGCCUUAGAGACCACAAGGGACACUUGCUGCCUGAAUACUUCCAUCUGCUUGCCAUACGUCUGGCUUUUGUCAUCAUAUUCGAGCAUGUGGUGUUCUUUAUAGGUCAUAUGAUUGACAUGAUGGUCCCUGACAUUCCAGAGGAAGUGGAGAUUAAGAUAAAGAGGGAGCACUACAUGGCCAAGGAGGCGCUGGCAGAGAACCAGUCCCUGGGUAUGAAGGUCGUACUGGAAGAAACGGAGAAAGUGGCCCCUGAACUGAGACGGAGGCGUAAACCUGAACUUCUCGCAUCCCCAACACGGGACAGUGACUCCCCGCCACCAUUGCUAUCUCCCAUCCCUGAGGACCAACGUAGACCCUCCCUCUGACCUCUGACCCCCCAGUAGUGGGGUGUUUCUCAUGUCAUUGUUUUUGGGACUCAUCUAUGUGAGGGAAGGCUCCAUUGAAGGGAGUGGCACAGCUAACACUCUCAGGAACUAAUUUAGAUAAUUGCAUCAAACAAGAAAGGAGCUGGAACAUCCAUAGUUUGUCCUGAGUAUUUAUAGAGAAAAUGACUCUGUACAGAGCAGUCAUACCAUUAACAUUUAUCUUUCUAACAUAUGAUGAUAUCUGUAUCACAGUGACAGAACACCAGCGAAUUAAAGCAAUAUCCUGAGUCUGGAGAGGGGAACGGGUUGAGCCGCUACUUAAUAGUUGUUUUCCAGCUCCUCCCAGUGGUCAGAUGCUGUCACUGCAUAUCAUUUACAAGUACAGUGCAGCACGUUGUAGUGGACUUAUAUCUUUUCGUGUGAUUUAUGUAAUUAAUGUACAGAUAUAUAAAAACAUAUAAAAAAAUUUAACAUCAUAAUAAGUAUUCAUGUAAAGAUUCAUAAGCACUAAUUUCUACAAUUAUUCGAACCAUAUGUAUAGACAUAUGCAGGGUAGC